AGUAAGUAGGAUUGCCGCUCACGAUGAUGUCGUCGCACUGCAGGCGCGGCGCGGGCAGAGGUCGGAUCACCGGUCGGUCGUGGGUGCGCCAGCCUUGUUAUAGGUGCGCAUGCUCCCUCGUUCCUGUCCUGCUUGCCGACGUGCGUCGCGCCCAACCAUUCACGCCGAGCCACGAACAAGCACAGCUGACAUGAACGGCACAGCCGCACCCUCGCACUCGUUGCCUAAGCAUGCCCGCUCCGCGCCGGAUGACGCUGCCUGCUUUUUUCCCCUGGUCAUCACCAUCUCCCCAUGUGAGGGGCGCCAUAACAGCCGGUUCUGGGCAACGUAGUGUCAUCAUUCUAUAUUAAAUCUCACGUAGUACCGCUUGCCGUGCCCACCCGU